UGUGGAAGUGGAGGGGAUGAUGGCGAUUGUCGUCUAGCGCGCGGGGAGGGGGCUUGUUUUUAGCUGCAAGGUCGUUCUUUGUGUCAAAAAAUUUUGCUUGUGACGAAUACUCUGUUUAUAAUAAUUACUGACUGUUUGUGCUCGGUUUUAAAGGUCGUUGUGCGUGUAUGUCUUGUGUAGUUUUUAGUUUCUAAAUCAAUCCGUAAACUUUGAACGUUCCAAUGAAUUUGGGAGGAGGACAAAACACAGAUGGACCCAAUGCAGGAGGAAUAUUUGUUCAAUUUAAUCAGGAUUGCACGUCCCUAGUGGCGGGCAGCAGUAACGGGUACCACCUGUUUGCGCUGACCCCUGACGAUGGGGUGGAGGAGAUCUACGCCAGCCGGUCCGGGCAGGACACCUGCCUCGUCGACCGCCUCUUCAGCUCCUCUCUUGUCGCCAUUGUUACCCUCUCUGCGCCCAGGAAACUGAUCGUGUGCCACUACAAGAAGGGCACCGAGAUAUGCAACUACAGCUACAGCAAUACCAUCCUCGCCGUCAAACUGAACCGAUCGCGUCUAGUAGUAUGCCUCGAAGAGUCCCUUCACAUCCACAACAUCCGCGACAUGAAGAUCCUACACACGAUCCGCGACACGCCGCCCAACCCGCGCGGCAUCUGCGCCCUGUCGCCCUGCGCCGACCGCUGCCUACUCGCGUACCCGGGCUCGGCUGCGCAGGGUGAAGUACAGAUCUUCGACGCCGUUCAUCUGAACGCAUCCUGCGUGAUCAGCGCGCACGAGGCGCCGAUAGCGGCGCUGGCGUGGUCGCAGUGCGGCAAGCGGCUCGCCACGGCCAGCGAGCGCGGCACCGUCAUACGAGUGUUCAGCGUGCCCGAGCGCACCCGACUGUUCGAGCUGCGCCGCGGCAUGAAGCGCUGCGUUGCCAUAUCGUGCCUGGCGUUCAGCGCGUGCGGGCUGUGGCUCGCGGCCGCCAGCAACACCGAGACCGUGCACGUGUUCCGACUGCAGGAAUCGGAAGAGCCCACCUCCGCGCCCACCGACGACGCGCCCGACACGGCGAGCUGGUCCGGCUGGCUGUCGUCCGUGGCGGCGGCGGGCGCCGGGCUGCUGCCCAGCGUGGGCGCCGUGCUGGCGCAGGGCCGCGCGCGCGCCGCCGCCCGCCUGCCCGCGCCCGCCCCCCGCGUGCAGUGCGCUAUUACAGCCGCGACCGGCAAAUCCCCGCGGCUCGUCGUAGCGACCUCUGCCGGCGACCUCUACAUGUUCGCGUUAGACCCUGUCGAGGGCGGCGACUGCACCCUGCUCCGAACGCACUCGCUGCUGCCCCGCGACAAUACCGCGCAGGAAGCGUCGCCGGGGCCCGGGGCGAGCUACGCGCUGGCGCUCAGCGGCCGGCCCAAGGACCUCACAGAUUCUCUCCGUGACCGCGAGAUAGGCGCAGCCCUGGAGGGGUCCCCUCCGCGGGGCUCGUUCGACCUCCGCGACCCGCGCCACUUCCCUCCCAUGAGGACAGCUGACACUGGGGACCAUUAGACGACUCUACGCACUGUGAACUCCUUGGUUUCUAGACUCUUUGUUGGCGCGUUACGUUCGGUCGUUCGAUUUGCGAAUGAGCGAAAUGAUUGGUUCGUUCAUUCAGUGUUACUGGCUGGUUUUGUGUGAAAUUCAGUAUAUUACCUAUUUCGAUUGAGAGAUAAUAUAUUUUCCCAUGUAUUUGUAUUUCUCAUAUAAUAUACCUAAUAUGACGGGCUGAUUUGAAAUAGAGAACGAAUCGUAUUUAGAUACUUGUGGACCUCACGCCUAAUCAAGUUCUAUUUUUUUAUCCUCAUACAUAAAUGUUUAGAAACCAAGGAGUGAACAAUUAAUCAUUGUUUGUACAUAAAUACAGAACAGCGUCGUAUUAAUUAUGUAUUGAACAAUGGUGUGUAAAAAAACAAUUUGAAAUGAUAAAUAUGUUACAAAAACAGAAAUGUGGCGAACCCCUCUUUUUGUUUUAUGUAAAUUCAUAAAUAUUUUUGUAAAUAAGUAAUAUGGAAAGCCCAUUACGCAGUUUCAAAAUUUAUAGUAUUUUUAAAAUCUUCAAUUCUAAUUAGAUUCGUAACCUCUGUGAUAUUUAAAUUCAUAGCUAUUCAAUUGAUAUUAUCACAAAAUCCCUUUAUACCAUAAAAAAACUCUGCGAUAAUUGGAAAUAUAUAAAAUCUUUGAAUGUAACUAGUGAGUAAAUACAUACAUAUUUAUGUGAUUUGAUGGUUUUCAAGCCGCACAACAAAAAAACA